AUGGACGGUGGCGAAGGAUCGACGAUAAUAACUGAAAUUCCGGAGAAUUUGAAGAAUCUGUGUUUGUUGUUAACCAAAACUUUCUACACUCUGCCACAUUAUGUUGUCCUCGAUUACGUGCAGAAGUUGGGUUGUGUAAAAGAAGAUCGGCUUCGUGACAUCUUAAAGUUGGAGCCAAAGACGUUGAGAGGGCUUAUAGUAACACUAAAGGUAACAAUUCGCUUCUGUUUCUCUUAACGUUAAAAUAUGUUUAUGAAGGAUACAAUAUCUUAAAUUUUAACAUUUUCUAGUUUUUUAGUAAGAUUAAAGUUAACAUUUGCUGGAAUGGUCUAUAAAAACGUCGGAGGCAAAAUUUUGGCUAUUUUUUUUCUUAAUUUAGGUAGAUAAGUUCCUCAAAGAACGGACGAUAGCAGAAGAGACAGAUGGAAGGUCUCGUAAAGUGAACUACUACCAUGUUAACUAUAAGGCUAUAUUGAACGUUACGAAGUACAAGAUAGAUCAUAUGAGGCAAAGGUUGGAGCAUAGAGAACAAACUCAUGUACAGAAGGCUUCUUACGUAUGUUCUACAUGCAAGAGGUGUUAUGAUGCGUUGGAUGUGCAAAGGAUAAUGAAUAUGGAGACUGGAGAAUUGAUGUAGGCAUUGGUUUGAUUUUAAAUUUGGUUUUUCUUUAAAUUUUAGGUUUUUUAUUGGAAAACGAGUAGAUACGGCUUACUAUUAGGUGAAUAUGAUCUUCUUGUUUACUCCAAAGUUUAUAUUUUUUGUUUUGCUUUUUUUAUUAGUUUUUUUACUAAAAAGUGCAUGCUUUGCAGGUGUUGGCAAUGUAAUGGUCAAGUAGUGCCUGAUGAAACAGCUGGGCCUUCAGAAGAAACACGGUCUUCUUUGGCAAAGUUUAACGAUGAAAUGGCUGCUAUAUUUUCUAUGUUACAACAGUUGGAUGGUAUUAGAUUUGCCAGGCAGAUUCUGGAACCUCCAAUCAUUAUAACGAAAGACGAACCACAAGAAGCGGAACGAAAUGGCAAUGCUUUGCAGGUAAUUUCUGUUGUUAUCUAUUUUUUUAUACUUUUAGGUAUUAGUUGAUGAAAAUUCUGUAAGAAUCAAACUUUUUUGUUGGUACCUAAAUUCAAGGUUUUAUAUUUUUGUGGUAAUUUGUAAAAUUCCAGUUCGUUAUCACUUAUCGUGAUGAUGAUGAGCUUAAAUAAUGCACGAUAUAUCGUUUUAUAAGUUAUUCCAUAUUAUACUGUAUGUUUCAGGUUGGUGCUCGUAUGUUUUCGAAUGCCGAGAAGACUCGUUCUGAUUUGUAUGGUAAUGGCAUUAUGGUAUCGAUAGGAGAACGGCAAGAGAUUCAAGUGGAAAGCAAAGAGAAAGUACCUUGGUUACAGCAUAAUACUCACGAAGAAGCUGUUCUUAAUGGCUUAGAAGGUAACGUUAUUUCUAAAUUAUCAUGGUUUUAGCUUGUUAAAGUUUUUGUUUAUAUAUGCAGAGAACUGUUAUUUAAAUGAAUAUAAAUUUAAUAAGUAAAAGGUUUGGUUACUAAAAGGAUUAUUUUUAGAACCAUCGAUGUCAGCACUGAACGGUUCGUCAUUACAUGAGGAGAAGCAUGCGGAUGAAGAAUCGUUAUUGGCACAGUUCUUGGGAGAAGCUGCUACAAUAGACAUAGGCACAUUACUACAUAACACCGAAGGCGUCAAAGAGCUUCACACAGAAAAUAGCAGUCCAGCUAGAAGUAUAAAUCAUUCCGGUAUGUUAUACGUUAAUAUUAUGGUUUCUUCUUAAUUUUUUGCUACUGUGUUUAAUGAUGUUAUGUUUAAUAUUGGCACAAUGAAAUUUUUAAAGAAAAAUGAAAAAAAGAUUUUAAAAAUAUUGUUUUAGAGUUUCACAGGGAUGAUCAAUAGCUAUUUUGUUAAUUGUACCUUAUAAAAGAAAAAGUAUUAGUAGACGAUAAUUUACUAUCAGUACCUUUCAGUAUCGGGUGAAGAGAACAAUCACGAUGUAGAAACACAACAAAACGGGUUCGAAAAGAACGGAACACAGCUAGAUGAAGAUCUCUUCGUCGCGGUACAGGGUCGACAGUUGAGGUUUGAAGACUUGAAUCAAGAGCUGGUGGAUCUCAUGACAGAAAAGGAACGACAGUUUUACAUAGAUCUAGUCGUUAGUUCCGUCUUUUUUUAA